AAUUUCUCAUAAAAUAUCAUAUUUUCGAUUUUCGAAUUUCCAAAAAAAACCUUUUUCAUUCCUUAAAAUUCUAAGCUGAAACGGUGGGCUGGAAUACUUGGUCCGGAAGGCCACGUCAUUCUUUUUGUUGGGCCGGCUAAGGUCACAGUCAGGCUUCCACUACACUCACUUCCACCACCGAAAAGGUUUGGCCUCUUCUCUUCUGAUCUCUACCACCUUCUUUGGCUCUCUCAUCGCCAUUGAUAUUGCAGAAAGGAAUCAAUAGAAAACUCAGAAUCCCUACUCUCUAUCCCUUCUCUCUUUGUAUAUCUGUAACUCUAUCAGCGAUUCUCAGGAUUGUAAGGGAUUUGUUGGAUAGAAAGAAAAGAAAUGCCGGGAAUAAAGGGUCCGUCGGAGUAUUCCCGGGAACCAACUCGCCAUCCUUCCCUCGUCAUCAAUUCCAAGCAACCAUUCAAUGCGGAGCCACCUCGUUCAGCCUUGGUGACUUCUUAUGUGACUCCUGUGGACUUUUUCUAUAAAAGAAAUCAUGGUCCCAUUCCAGUGGUUGAUGAUAUUGAAAGAUACUCCGUCUCUUUGAAUGGGCUGAUUGAAACCCCCAAGGAGCUGACCAUGAGAGAUAUCAGGUCGCUUCCAAAGUACAGUGUUGCAGCUACCUUGCAGUGUGCUGGUAACAGGAGGACUGCCAUGAGCAAAUUCAAGACAGUUAAAGGAGUCGGGUGGGGUAUCUCUGCGAUUGGAAAUGCUGUUUGGGGUGGUGCCAAAUUGGCUGAUGUUCUCGAACUUGUUGGCAUACCUAAGUUCACUGCUGCCACCAAGUCUGGUGGGAAGCAUGUUGAAUUUGUGAGCAUUGAUAAAUGCAAGGAGGAGAAUGAGGGACCUUAUAAAGCAUCGAUUCCGCUCUUCCAAGCCACAAACCCUGAUGCUGAUGUUCUACUUGCUUAUGAGAUGAAUGGAGAGUGUUUAAACAGGGACCACGGUUACCCAUUACGAGUGGUUGUCCCAGGUGUCAUAGGUGCUCGUUCUGUGAAGUGGUUGGAUUCCAUCAACAUAUUAGCCAAUGAAUGUCAGGGCUUCUUCAUGCAAAAAGACUAUAAGAUGUUCCCGCCAUCAGUCAAUUGGGAUAACAUUGAUUGGUCAACGAGGAGGCCACAAAUGGACUUCCCUGUCCAGAGUGCCAUUUGUUCCUUAGAGGAUUUGACUAUCAUGAAGCAGCCUGGGAAGGUUAGGGUCAGCGGGUAUGCAGUAUCAGGAGGUGGGCGGGGGAUCGAGAGAGUCGAUGUGUCAAUGGAUGGUGGUAAGACCUGGGUGGAAGCUACCAGGUACCAAAAGCCCGGAAUUUCAUAUGUAUCCGAUGAUACGAACAGUGACAAAUGGGCAUGGGUUCUUUUUGAGGCUACUGUGGAUGUCCCUCAUAGUGUAGAGAUUGUGGCUAAAGCAGUGGAUUCAGCAGCAAAUGUGCAGCCUGAAAGCGUGCAAGAAAUCUGGAACCUGAGAGGGGUACUGAACACAUCGUGGCACCGGGUUCAACUCCAUGUUGGGCACUCGAACUUGUAGAAAUGGAUCCAUGUAAACAAUGAAAGCAGUGGCUUUUGCUGGAAGAUGUAGAGAUCAAUUAGCAUCUAGUUGUGUGGUGUUGUUGGUCUAGAGAACAAUGAUAAACUGUGGUUUUCUGUUGUCAUAGUCAUAGUCAUAGUCUCUGAAAGAAACUGUGGUGAAACCAUCUCAUGGUCUAUUGGAAAGAAAUAAGAACAAUAGUCAUAUUAGUGACUAGUGAGGUAAAAAGCUGUUUCUUUUUAUGUUUGCUCGUUUCUGAAAGUGUGGAAGUUGGCUGAUGAGCCA